AUGUUCCCUUUUAAUCUUCAAGAAAAUUCUCAUGGGAAUCAGGACCUGGGAAUCAGUGCUUCUGCUGCUGAUCCAGAUCCUCUCCAAGAUGUUUGUGUCGCAGAUCUGAACUCAACUAUAACGGUGAACGGAUUCCCUUGCAAAAGGAACUUUACAUUCACACCAGAAGAUUUCGCAUCAAUGGGAAUCGCACAACCAGGAGAACCGAAUAUAUUUGGCACUCGAGUCGGUGUAGCCAACGUUUUUAACAUGCCUGGCCUUAACACACAGGGUGUAUCAAUGGCUCGAGUAGACUUUGAUCGUGAUGGUUUAAACCCCCCACAUACUCACCCUCGAGCCACUGAAAUUAUAUUCGUAAAAGAGGGUACGUUAGUUGCUGGAUUCAUCACUACGGACAAUAUUUUUGUUAACAAGUUGAUCACAAAGGGAGAAGUCUUUGUUUUUCCAAGAGGUCUCAUCCAUUUCCAGUUUAAUGUUGGCAGAGGUAACGCAACUAUUAUUGUGGCCUUUAACAGCCAAAAUCCUGGUGUUCAGCUUAUUGCAAUUUCCAUAUUUGCGAGUAGACCUCAAAUUCCAGAAGAAGUUGUGGCUAGGGCAUUUCAAACUAGUGUCGAGGAAGUUCGGGCGAUAAGGGCAAGACUUGCACUACCUACUGCAGGCUUACCUUCAGGCUGCCAAUGGGACGACCACAAUAUGCAUUCACAAUAUGAUAAACGUGACGAUCGUAACAUACACUCACAAUAUGAUAAAUAUGACAGCCGUAACAUGUACUCACAAUACGAUAAACCUGAUGACCUUGUUGCGGGUGUGGAUUUGCAGAUCGCGCAUUUGCUAGGUCUUGCUCGCAAAUUCGAGCAUCGCUUUUGUGGUCAAUGCAUUGCAUCUGCGAAAUGGGGUUGGGCUGGGUGUCUUCGCAUUUACGAGGGUAGGUUCGAUUUUGUGAACGUUGGACUUUCGCAUUUGCGAAUAUUUUGGUUGCAUAUUGCCAUGAGCAUUUAG